AUGACUUAUAAAAAGAAGAAUAUUAUAUUUAUAAAUCUUAUGAUAGAUAAUUCUCAAGGCAAUUUAUACUCUACUGCUCCUAUGACUCCAGUUCUAAGCAACACAUUACCUCAAGUGCAUAAAAUCAUAGGUUUUAAUGCAGCCAUUUAUGAAAACGAAAACCAAUAACAGUUCGUUCCUCUUCGAAAAUUAUUACCAAUUUCAAUUGAUAAACUUUAUUCUAUCAUAAUCAGCCUUAUUUCAAUUAUUUUGGAAGUACUUAAGCGAGAUUUAGAAAUUCCCAAUUUAAACUUAGACAAUAUCAUGAUGUCGAAGGGUGACUAGACUAUGCCUUUUAUAUUCAGUAAUUAAGAUAAGACAAAAGCUCGUUAGUAAGAAUAAAGUUUGGUGAAACAAUUUUCUUUAUUAUGUAAUUCUAUCAAUAGUUAGUUAGGCAAAUAAUUAGGAUUUGAUUAAGAUUUAAUUAAUUGUGAUAGUUUAAUCCAAUUUUAAGAUGCACUACUAAUCAAAAUUGGUUAUGAGUAGGAAAGUUUUGGACAAAAUAGCGAAAUAAUUAAAAAAAUUUUGAACAUUGAAAAAAUAGAAGACAUCGUUUAUGAAAAUGAUCAUACUAAAUUGUAUCAAAUAGAUGUUCCAAAAUAUAUUCUAAAUACUAAAAAUUCAGAUUAAAUUGCUGUAAAAAUAGGCUAUUAAGACAGACAAGUUUAUGAAUUGAGAGAAGUGGAAAUUAUAGAAGACUUUAACAACAUUCACCUUCCAUUAUUAUAUGGAUAUAUAAGAUAUUCUGAUAUCCUUGUACUAUUUUUGAAAAAACAUGAUUGGACAUUUGAGUGGAUAGCAACUUAAUUUUUCUAAAAGAGAUAAACCCUUACUCCCAAAUAGAUUGAGAAAGCUUUCUUAAGAUUAUUUCAACAAAUGAUACGUGCCAUAAAAUAUAUGCAUUCUGAAGGCAUUAUUCAUAGAGAUAUAAAACCAGAAAAUAUCAUGUUUGACAAAUCUAAUCCAAAUCAAUAGGUAUUUGAAAUUGUCGAUACACCUGUAAAUUGUGUGAUGAUCGAUUUUGAUAGAUCUAUUAUCAUGGAGAGUUACGACCCUUAAAAUAAUACUGCUUAUGAAGGAACUCCCUUUUUUAGACCACCUGAAGGGGAAUAAGAAGAAUAUAAUCAAACUUAUGAUAUUUGGUAAUUAGGAUUUAUGUGGCUGGUCAUUUAAAAAGAAUUUUAUCAACAAAGAUAAAAAUCAAAAAACAUAGAAAUAUAUAAUCAAUUUAAAAUACAAAAGGUUAAUUUACAAGAAUUGAAUUUAGAGAUAAAAGAAUAAGAAAAUAAAAUGAAAAAAAAAUUUGAAGAAUUAUAAUUAUAAGGUAGAUUGGAAAAAUAAAUUAAUAAAAUAGAAAAUUUGAAAAAUUACAGAAUAUAAAAUUACCAUUCCCUAAUUGAAUAAAUUACACUACAAACUAACUUUGUUACUUAUGACCCUAAACUUCAAGCGAUAAUCCUAAAAAUGAUUCACAUUGAUCCAAAGUAAAGAGCAACUCUUAAUGAGGUAUCAGCUGUAAUUGACGAACUGAUCUAAUGA